CCGUGGCAGGCUCGCGCGAGUGGGUGUGAGGGACAGGGGCGGAGCUGGGUGAAGGUCCACGGGCCCCGUACCUCGCGGGCGUGAUCGCAACUCUGUCGGCCGUGCCCCGCCACGCCGGGAGCCAGGAUGGAGAGCAGGUGCUACGGCUGCGCUGUCAAGUUCACCCUCUUCAAGAAGGAGAUUGGCUGUAAGAAUUGUGGCCGGGCCUUCUGUUCCAGCUGCCUUAGCUUCAGUGCAGCGGUGCCCCGGGCCGGGAACACCCAACAGAAAGUCUGCAAACAGUGCCACGAGGUCCUGACCAGAGGAUCUUCUCCUGCCAGUGCCUCCAAGUGGUCACCACCUCAGAACUAUAAGAAGCGUGUGGCAGCCUUGGAAGCCAAGCAGAAGUCCAGCAUUCCCCAGAGCCAUGGACUGACCCCACAAGACCAAGCCAUCGCUGAGCGCCUAGCACGGCUCCGCCAGGAGAACAAGCCCAAGUCAGUGCCCUCACAGGCAGAGAUAGAAGCCAGGCUAGCCGCACUGAGGGGCGAAACCCAGAGUUCCAUCCCUUCCACCCAGGAGAUGGAGGCACGGCUUGCCGCACUACAGGGCAGAGUUCCACCUUCUCAGACCCCCCAGCCGGCGCAUCAGCCACCAGACACCAGGACCCAGGCCCAGCAGGCGCAGGAUCUGCUGACACAGCUCACGGCAGAAGUGGCUAUUGAUGAGAGCUGGGAAGGAGGAAGCCCAGCUGCCGCUAUUCAGAAUGACCUCAACCAGGGUUGGCCAGGCGGCCUGAGUGCUAAUUCCAAGGGGCAGGCCAUCCGGUCCCUGGAUGGGGAGAAGAGCAGGCUGCUGGCUGAAGCUGCAGUCGAGCUGCGGGAGGAGAACACGAGGCAAGAGCGGAUCCUGGACCUUGCCAAGCGCCUGGCUGUGCUUCGGGGACGGGACCCUGACAGAGUGACCCUCCAAGACUAUCGCCUCCCAGACAGCGAUGAUGAUGAGGAUGAGGAGACGGCCAUCCAGAGAGUCCUGCAGCAGCUCACUGAAGAAGCUGCCCUGGAUGAGGCAAGUGGCUUUAACAUCCCGGCAGAGCCAACACUCCAACCCCCGGCCAAAUCCUGCAGGGCAGAGCCUCAGGCCCAGGCUCUGGCCCCCAGGCCUGAAGCUGAGGAAGAGCAGCUCCCCUGGUGCUGCAUCUGCAAUGAGGAUGCCACCUUGCGCUGUGCUGGCUGCGGCGGAGACCUCUACUGUGUCCGCUGCUUCCGGGAAGGCCAUGAUGCCUUUGAACUUAAAGAGCACCAGACAUCUGCUUACCACCCCCCACAUGCAGGCCAAGGACACUGAGGACACCCCGGCCUCCCAGGAAGGUCGUCCUACAGGCAGUCACACAGGCUGGGGCACCCACCUCUGGGCCCAGACUCGGGGCAUCUGAUGGGAGAGCAUUUCAAGCUAGACUGCUCAUGGGUGCACCCUUUCCUGAGCCUCGAUGUCCAUGAAGGGGGGAGGAUUUUGCAUUGGAAAUGGUGACUGGAGGAGCCGAGGGAAGGCAGGAGUCAGGAGCCCUCCACCAGCAAAGCCUGGACUGGAAAGACCAGACUGAAUCUAAG